CGUGCUGUGGAGCGAAGGGAGGGACUAGUGCAGCAGGAAUCCGGUUGGAUCGGCAGUGUCAGUGCGACGCUGCGAAUGGAAAACGACCAAUAUUUGCUAACGAUUUUGUAGCCUGUGCGUUGCAGUAUGUUAACUUUGGACACGGAGGACGGUUUAAUAACGCCGCCUGACAUGUGAGACAAAACAAGAAAGCAGAGCUGCAGGAGACCUGGCCGCGUCUUCUCCUUUCUGUUUCGCGAUUUCUCCGUUGAUGCAUCUUGUCGGGAAGAAGCAUGAAGAAGUUUAAUAUCAGAAAGGUGCUGGAUGGCUUGACUGCGGGUUCCUCCUCCUCCUCUUCGUCCGCCUCGCUUCAGCCGGGCAACAGGGAAAACGACGUUAUUCAGGAGACUCUGCAGUCUGAACAUUUUCAGCUUUGCAAGACAGUGCGACAUGGCUUUCCUUACCAACCCUCUGCCAUGGCCUUUGACCCUGUGCAAAAAAUAUUGGCCAUUGGGACACAGAAUGGAUCCCUAAGACUCUUUGGCCGGGCAGGAGUGGAGUGUUACUGCCAGCAUGAGAGCGGCUCGGCUAUCAUCCAGCUGCAGUUUCUCAUCAAUGAGGGGGCGCUGGUGAGUGCUUUAGCUGAUGACAGCAUUCACUUAUGGAAUUUGAGACAAAAGAUUCCAGCCAUUCUCCACUCUCUUAAAUUCAGCAGGGAGAGGAUUACUUUUUGCCAUCUUCCCUUCCAGAGUAAAUGGUUGUAUAUCGGAACAGAAAGAGGGAACAUUCAUAUUGUCAAUGUGGAGUCCUUCAGUCUCUCAGGCUAUGUCAUCAUGUGGAACAAAGCCAUUGAACUCUCUUCAAAAACCCACCCUGGACCUGUGGUGCACAUCAGUGAUAACCCUAUGGAUGAGGGAAAGCUUUUGAUUGGUUUCGAAUGUGGUUUUGUCGUGCUGUGGGACUUGAAAUCAAAGAAAGCUGACUACCGCUACAAUUAUGAUGAGGCGAUCCACUCUGUGGCCUGGCACCAUGAGGGGAAACAGUUUGUGUGCAGUCACUCAGAUGGUACACUUACCACAUGGAAUGUACGAUCCCCUGCCAAGCCUGCACAGAUCAUUACACCACAUGGUAAGCAGCCUAAGGAUGGAAAAAAACCUGAACCAUGCAAGCCCAUUCUGAAAGUGGAGUACAAAACAGCCAGAGCAGGGGAGCCUUUCAUGAUACUGUCUGGAGGUCUUUCGUAUGAUACGGUGGGUCGCAGGGCCUGUCUGACUGUGAUGCAUGGAAAAAGCACUGCUGUGCUGGAGAUGGACUACCCCAUUGUAGAUUUUCUAGCGCUGUGUGAAACUCCCUAUCCAAAUGAUUACCAGGAGCCUUAUGCUGUAGUGGUUCUGCUGGAGAAGGAUUUAGUAGUUAUUGACCUUGCACAACCUGGGUACCCAAGCUUCGAGAAUCCAUAUCCUCUGACCAUCCAUGAAUCUCCUGUGACCUGCUGCGAGUACUUUGCUGACUGCCCUGCUGAACUCAUUCCUGCACUUUACUCUGUGGGCUCCAGGCAGAAGAGACAGGGCUACAGUAAAAAAAAAUGGCCUAUAAGUGGUGGUAACUGGGGCCAGGGUGCACAAAGCUACCCAGAGAUCAUCAUCACAGGACAUGCCGAUGGAUCAGUCAAGUUUUGGGAUGCUUCCGCACUAAUGUUGCAGGUGCUGUACAAAUUGAAAACUGCAAAGGUAUUCGAGAAGACCCGCAAUAAGGAGGAGAAGCCCAGUACUGAUAUAGUGGAUGAAGACCCUUUUGCUAUCCAGAGCCUGGCCUGGUGCCCAGAGAGUCGUUUGCUAUGCGUGGCUGGGGUCUCUGCUCAUGUCAUUGUUUACCGGUUCAGCAAACAGGAAAUUACCACAGAGGAGGUUCAGCUGCUGGAGGUGCGUAUGCAGUGUGAGCUAAAUGAAGUGGACUCUCCGGAUGUGGGAGGGGAUCAGGCAUCAGCUGUGUCCACGCCGGGAGCUUCCUCCAGCCCUCAGUCCAGCGCACCACAAACACACCCAUCUACCAGCAGCAACAACUCCUCUGACGGCCUGCGGGAUAACGUGCCCUGCCUCAGGGUUAGGAACACUCCACUGAAACAGUCACCAGGAUACCAGGUGGAACUGAUUAUUCAGCUGGUGUGGGUCAGCGGGGAGCCACCACAGCAGAUCACCAGCUUGGCUGUCAACUCUGCAUAUGGCCUAGUGGCUUUUGGUAAUGGUAAUGGGCUGGCAGUAGUGGACUACCUUCAGAAGACCCUGUUACUCAAUAUGGCCACAGCAGAGCUCUACGGUUCCUCUGAUCCACACCAGAGACAACCGCGCUCACCCCGCAAGGCGAGGCAGCCCUCUGGAGACAAUCUACCUAAGACGUCUUGCAUGUCCAGCCUCUCUAGCUUUUAUUCUGAAUCUGUGAAAAAACUACGCUCUUCUUAUCUCAGUCUCUGUGAUGGCAACGAUGGGUCUGCAGGUUCAGAAGACCGGUGCAAGUCACCUACAUCAGGUUCUGGUUCACCUUCCCAUUCAGAUGAUGAAAGCAAGCAUAAUUUUCUUGAAAGGGUGAAAUCGAAAAGCAAGCUGAUAUCAAAGAGUGUUGCCAAUGACUUUGGCUAUGUGCACAACAUGGUGAUGUAUUACAAGGCUAAGAUGUCACGGAAAUUUAGCAUGGCUGCUGAUCAGAAAGAUGGGAAUGUACAGAAGCAGCGUUCUCUCCCUAGUCAGAAAUGUGCAAGUGAUGUGUCCAGAAGAAAAGCAAGAACUAUCCCCAGGACUCAGUUUGUGUCCAAAUCCAAUGCCAGAGACAACUCCUUCAGUCGCUCGCGCAGCUCCAGCGUGGCCAGUAUUGACAAGGAGUCUCGUGAGGUCAUCUCUUCUUUGCACUUUUAUGACUGUCUGUCUAGGAAGAGUGAAGCAACAGCAGUCGCCAGCCUAUGGUUGGGCACCUCCAUGGGCACUAUGCUGGCCAUCUCCCUUAAUGUGCCCUCCACCCCAGAGCUGAGGCUGCAGCAGACUGUAGGCAUCUCAUUUUGUGGUUCAGUGGUUCGACUGAAGGGAGGCAUCCUGCGCAUGGCUUUGAUGGAUUCUACUGGCUCUCUCCAGCCUCCUGCCUAUGAGUGCUGGUAUGAUCCCAACGCCCCCGAGGAUGAGAAGGAGCGGACACGGAGGCGCCGGCCCGCCUCACCACCGUCCACUCAGGAAAACCAGGACAGCCACUACGCUGUGGUCUGCUCUGAUAAACAGGCCAAAGUGGUGGCUAUGCCUUCGCAGAACUGCGUCUUUGAACACAACAUUACGGAGAACUCGUUCGUGCUGAGGGCUGAUGUAGUGAUCAUGCCUGCUGGCAUCUGUAUUGCUUGCUUCUGUGCCAAUGGGCACAUCAUGACUUUAAGUUUGCCAAGUCUGCGGCCACUGCUGGAUGUGAACUACCUGCCCCUCACGGACAUGCGAAUAGCCAGAACUUUCUGCUUCUCAAACUUGGGCCAGGCUCUGUAUCUUACUUCCCCUACAGAGAUCCAGAGACUCACCUACAGUCAGGAAACAUGUGACAACCUACAGGAAAUGCUGGGAGAGCUGUUCACUCCAGUAGAGACACCAGAGGCUCCUAACAGAGGUUUCUUUAAGGGUCUUUUUGGAGGUGGGGCCCAGUCCCUAGAUAGAGAGGAUCUCUUCGGUGAGUUGGCAGCAGGUAAGGCCUCGCGCAGCCUGGCCCAGCACAUCCCAGGACCAGGCAGCAUGGAGGGCAUGAAGGGGGCAGCAUCAGGCGUGGUGGGGGAGCUGGCACGUGCUCGGAUAGCUCUGGAUGAGAGAGGACAGAAACUCGGCGAGCUGGAGGAGAGGACAGCAGCCAUGAUGGCUAGCGCAGACUCUUUUUCCAAGCAUGCGCAUGACAUGAUGCUGAAGUACAAGGAUAAGAAGUGGUAUCAGCUCUGAUGGCCAUGUAAGGAGUCGGAGGCCUUUGCCUUAGGGCUGCAGACACGUCCCUUCUCUCCCCCUUCUUCCUCCUGCGCCUGCCAUCCUCGCCCAGUACAACACCACACCGAUACCUCAGUCACUUGACUCAGGCUAAGAAGCAGAAGGGAGGCAGAGGAUAGAAGAAGGUGGGGAAGGGAAGAGGAAUGCCAGAGUAGCCCUUCCAUCUUUUAUGGCGGUAUCUGAGUGGUUAAGCCCCCUUUCCCUUCCACAAAGAUGAUCUUUUUAGUUACAGGAGAGGGCGCUCAACACAUAUGCAGCCCUUGCUACUCACUCUCAUCAUCUAUGCUGUCAUUUUUCACUGCCAUUCUACUUACAGAAACUACAAAAUGGAUUGUGGUGUUUGUUUUUAUACAUUAGUUGAGAGUACAGCUGAGAAAUACAGAAAAUGUUCACUGCAUUGCCAGGUGUAAUGCUACUGAUAAUAGCUUGGGCAAGAAUAAACGGCAUGUCCAGUGACUUUCUGUUCAGAAACCUAGCAUUUUAUUCUUUUUUUGUGCGUUUUCAACUAGACAUGGGCCAGACUGUCUUACAUAAGACGUCAUGAAGUGUCAUUAAAUUAAUCUCUAAAGGGCUGGUAAUGUGCUGUAAUUACCACAUAUCAUGUGAUCAUUCUGCCAUAUCAGACUGGAAGCUGGCCAUAGUUAAGUAGUCGGUGAAAUUAAUGUCUUUCACUAAAGGACAUGCUGGUUUACACUGAUUAGAUUCCAGAAGUCUACCAGAAGCCAAGAUCUUUCUCACUCCUAACUUAACACAGGCAGAUUACACCGAUCAGCCAUGACAUUAAAACCCCUCCUUGUUUCUACACUUACUGUCCAUUUUAUCAGCUCCACUUACCAUAUAGGAGCACUUUGUAGUUCUACAAUUAACGACUGAAGUACAACUGUUUUUUGUAUACUUUGUUAGUCCCUUUUUACCCUGUUGGUCAGGACCACGACAGAGCAGGUGUUAUUUGGGUGGUAGAUCAUUCUCAGCGCUGCAGUGACAUUGACGGGGUGGUGGUGUGUUAGUGUGUGUUUUGCUGGUAUGAGUAGAUCAGACACAGCAGUUGCUGCUGGAGUUUUUAAAAUGAUAAAAUGGACAAUGAGUGAAAAGGUUUUAAUGUUAUGGCUGAUCAGUGUAUAUACAUCCAAACAGAUUAGUGUGAUCUGCUCAUCCUCUGAAUACUUGGAGAUUUCAAAGUAGUUGUAUAUCAUUCACUGGAGUAAUAUAUCUGAUACCUGGAGCAUGUUGUACCAUUCUUACCCAUGUGAAGAAACUUAAGACUUUGGAAGUUUGAGGCAUGAAUUAUGACAGUAUGUGCCUUGUGAAGAUGGAUGUACUAGAUGUGUUCACUUCCAGGGAAGAAUUUGCCAAUUAGUAAACCGCUGAAUGUUUCAGGCUCCCAUGAUGCUUCAGCUUCUCUGCUCUGGGCCGAGGAGAUCCCAUAGAGCAGCGUGUAUCUAACCAGCUCCAAAAGAGGUCAGCCCUGCUGUUAAACUGCAGUACAGGCCAUGGUGUCCAUCUUUUCUCUGGAAGAAAGGACAUAUAUUUAUCUUCUGUUCAUGUCCAUUUUUUUCCUUUGAAAAUAUGCAUGUGUCUUGUCUGGAGGACCAUAGCCAUCCGUGUAUUUGUCGUUGCAGUGGAAGUGACCAAGCGCCACUAAGUGUUUUAUGUAACUCCAUGCUCUUGGUCAGCAUUCGCUCAGUCUGUACAGGACAAGGGGCUUCUUUUUUGCCUUUUGCUUAUCAUGCAAAUAUGCUAACCUCGACCUACAUGUAUAUCUGUGAGUUUGUGAACAUACAUAUACGCAGGAAUAUGUGUAUGCCCACACAAUGGUUACAGAAAUGCCAUAAGUCUUUUUUUUCUUUCUUUCUAUUUGUGAGGUGCAAGAAAUUGCUGCUACUUGUGUUUAUUUAGGAGCAUUAUUUUUGUUGUUCUUUAUUUACCAAUGAAGAGCAAGGCUUUUCUUUUCUCUUUCCAAAUUGCUGCCAAAUGUUGUAAAUAGCUGGACGUUUGAAGACAAAUUUGAGAGAGAUGGCAUAGUCAAAGCAGCUGGGGAUGGUUGCCAAGUUCUUGUCCGACACCAAAGAGUUAUUUAGUUUUGCUUGUUGUUCUCAUAUCCAGAAUGCAAGGCUUUGACCUGCUGUUUUACUGUUCUGCUGUAUCUGAGAAACUGGUGUCAGGACCUCCCUAGAAAUACAGUGAGCCACUCCUUUGCUUGCCGUGACGUUUGUGUAAAUACCUACCAAAAUAGAGAAUUUUCAGCGUUGACUGAACUGAAAAUGAAUUACGCUACUGUGCUUCAUAUUCUUCUUUUUUGUAUAAGCAAUUGUGUGGUUUUGCACUAUAUGUUUUGUAUUAUAAUGACAUGGAAGUCAUUUUAUUGAUAUUUUUGUAGUUUGUAUUGUAACUAUUUUUUGGCAUUUGUUUCUUUCAGAAGGACCAAAAAAAAUGAGAACGCAAGAUGCUGAAGUGUGUUGAUGGCAAGCUUCAGGAGUGUCUUUUACUCUCAGAUCUGUCUUCAUUGUCAGUUUAAUGAUAUUAUAUUUAUAUAUUUGGAAGAUAUAUAUACUUUUAAUUUCAGAUAUUUACAAAUGAAUACUUUUAGUAUAUUAUUUAAAAAGAGAAUGGUGCAUUUUAAGAAAAUGAAUUAGUUGUAAAUAUUCUCCGUAAAUCCAAUGUAAAACUGAAACACCUUGGAGGGUGAGCCAACUGUUUGGUCAUGAGUUAAAGGAGGAGCUGCUGCAGCCUGAGGAAGCUCCCUUCCUCUGAAACUAUCUCUGGCCAUCUCUGUAUACUGUGUGUCCUACAAGUUUCUUGCACAAAAGAGGCAGCAUGUUACUUAGUGUUUACAAACUUGAAACAUCCAUUUACGUAUACCCUUUAUAGGAGGCGUCUGCUUUGGGAAUAUGCCAGAAUUAUAUGUUUGAUGAGAACAAAUCACAUUGUAUCUUUUUAUUUCCCCAAUCGGGCAUGAAGGAGCAUAUUUAUUCAAUGCGCAUUGUUAUGGUUUGAAUUGUUCAGCGUGAGCAUACCUAACCAAUACAGUUCUCCCUAAAGCUCUUACUGUUCCAUUUUCUAGGUGGGCCUCUUUUCUCAGUCGUCAUCUUCUUGGGAAAGUUUCAGUGGGGUGUAGUUUUUCUCAUUAUAGCCAAGUUAUUGUACAGUUUUAUUAAGCAAAAUUUCACAUGGAUGUUUGUCUUAAUAUGCUGCCACCUACAAUUUAAGAAAUAUGUUGAUAAACCUAAAUGUGCAAUGGAAAAAUAAAUGUAAAGCAAAGAUA